GCGGAGGAGGAGCCCGUCCCGCUGUGUAUCACCGCCCCCAAGAUGGCGGCGGCUGCGCUGCUGCGGAAGCGGGCGGGCAGCAGCGGGGCCGCGGCGCUGUGGCGAGCCCAGCGCCGCCAGCGCAGCACCUUCGACGUGGUGGUGGUGGGCGCGGGAAUCGUGGGGCUGGCCUCGGCCCGGGAGCUCGUCAGGCGGCAUCCCUCGCUCGCCUUCGCCGUGCUGGAGAAGGAGCAGGAGCUGGCUCAUCACCAGAGUGGACAUAACAGUGGCGUGAUUCACAGUGGAAUUUACUACACACCUGGAUCUCUGAAAGCUAAGCUGUGUGUAGAGGGAGCAGCCCUCUGCUACGAGUACUGUGACCAGAAGGGAAUACCAUAUAAACAGUGUGGGAAGCUAAUUGUAGCUGUUGAACAAGAUGAAAUUCCAAGACUCAAAGCUCUAUACAAAAGAGGGCUGCAGAACAAUGUCCCAGGUCUGAAACUGAUUGGAACAAAAGAAAUACAAGCAAAAGAACCCUUCUGCAGGGGUCUGAUGGCCCUUGAUUCUCCAUAUACUGGCAUUGUCAAUUAUAAACAAGUGGCACAGUCCUAUGCAGCAGACUUCCGGGAAGCAGGUGGGACGAUCUUCACUGAUUUUGAAGUUACAAAUAUGGAGAUGGCUAAAGAAAGUUCUUCAGAAAGUGCAGAUGGACUGAAAUACCCAGUCAUUGUUCGGAACUCAAAGGGUGAGGAAAUCUACUGUCGCCACAUUGUGACCUGUGCAGGACUUUACUCAGACCGCCUGUCUGAGAUCAGUGGCUGCAGCCCUGAACCUCGUAUUGUACCCUUCCGUGGAGAUUAUUUGGUGCUAAAGCCAGAAAAGUCUUACAUGGUUAAAGGAAAUAUCUAUCCAGUUCCCAAUCCUCGGUUCCCUUUUCUGGGAUUUCACUUCACACCAAGAAUGGAUGGCAGUGUGUGGCUUGGUCCUAAUGCAGUAUUAGCCUUUAAGAGAGAGGGCUACAAAUUGCUUGACUUCAACACUGGAGACUUUUUAGAUGCUGUAUCGUACAGUGGGUUGUGGAAGCUCGUGCUGAGAAACGUGUCUUACGGACUGAGUGAAAUGUACAGAGCGUGUUUCCUGAGUGCACAGGUGAAGCAACUGCAGAAGUUCAUCCCUGAGGUCACUGUCAAUGAUGUACUCAGGGGUCCAUCUGGAGUGAGAGCUCAAGCAUUGGACAGUGAUGGAAAUUUGGUGGAUGACUUUGUGUUUGAUGGAGGCAGUGGAGAUCUUGGAAGCAGAAUUCUUCAUGUCAGAAAUGCCCCUUCUCCUGCUGCUACCUCCUCCCUUGCCAUCGCAAAAAUGAUUGCAGAUGAAGUGAAGCGAAGGUUUGAAUUAUGAAUGAUUGACAGGUGUAGUGGGGUUCUACGCCUCUUGUAUGUGUAGCAUCUUGUCUGCAUUGAAUGAACUCCACAGCCUUUAAUGACAAAGAUAAAACAGGCAAAGUGUCACUUGCAAGACCAGCACUGGUAUAGCAAACGCAGUAUUUGAAAUGUUUGCCUUUGCCAGCCUGCAGCUUCUCAGCUUCAUGAGUACAGGAGUUGUGGUGCCUGGUCAGGCCUGGUGUGGUACAGCCGUCUGCAGGAAAGAAACAAACAGCCCUGUUAGCAGUAAAGGUUUGUUCACCUGAGCAGGAACAGCCUGUGGAGGGGCUGGUGCCACACACAAUGUGAGGGUCUCUUCAACUGUAGUGGGCCUUUAGGUGAAGCAGGAAGAGCCUCUGUGGUGGGGUUGCCCACACGGACUUCCCAUUCCUCAGGUCUGAACACUGCCUUCUUGUUGCUCUCUGGAGAGCUGGUCGGUCCUCUGAAAAACCACAGGCAUGGAGUGGUUCUCUGUGUGCUUUGACUCUGACUCCAUUUAAAUUGGAGUCAACAGUCCCCUAGCUUACAUUAAAUUAAUGGAGAUAGAAGGAUAAGCCCUGCUUAAAGGUUCUGCUGAUAUAGAAUUAAGGGCUUUGUCAGAGACUCAAAACAAUAUUCAGAGCCUUCUACAUGAACAUAGAGUAUUACGCAGUAAAAUAAGCCUAACAAGGGAUUACCAAAUACAAGUCAAUUUAGAUACUCAUCAGAUAUGCUAUCUGAUCACUGUCUGUAUUUUUCUUAAAAAGCUGAAAUAAAAAU